UACAUGCAUUAUUUACAAGCUCAGCUUACUAAGUUGAUGACGAUUUACUUUUACCAACAAUAACUUAAUUAUUCUUCUAAUUUUCACUUUAACGUGUGCCAACAACUAAAUAUAAUUCCAAAGAAUGGCAUUUUUAGUAUUCUUAAUUAUCUCCACCACAUGAAUAUAUAAAUUUAACGAGAAAAAACAAGAGAUAAAGUUUUCUCUGAACAUAGAGUGUUUUUCGAUUAUGAGGAGAAUAAUGAAGUGGAAUUAAGGUAUUUUCCUGCUUGAGGUGGUCGAAAUAAACUGAUGGAUCAUGGCUCCUACAAAGCUAUAUAAUUGCCUUCAUCUGCUGGCAAAACUAAAUGCAACGCAUCAAUCAAAUACAACGACUGAACCAUUUAAUUUAACUCAGACGACACCGAAAGUGGUUGAAGAAUCUGAAAUCGAGGCACUGUUAUACAUUGUAGUAACUCUCUUGUUCUAUUCUCUUGGAAUCAUCAUUGGAAUUGUCUCUUAUCUAAAGAGAGAGAAGAGAGAAAUCGAACAAGAUAGAAUUUAUGAUCAGUAUAUAUCUUCGCGUGAGGACCAGGUAUGGAGUUCAAAAUAUGAAAAAGUGCAACAAGUUGUAUCAAGGCUCCAAGUCUUAGAAAAUGAGAAAUUGACAAGGCUAGCAGCCGAAAGAGAGACAGAAAAAUUGCUGCACGGCGAACAAAUACCAGAAGAGAAGAGUGAAAAUGAACAUUCAGAAUCUGAAAAGGCAAAAACUAAACGUUCAAUUCAUCUUAAACCACAUUUUUCGAAGAAAAUGAGAAUAACAAAUGAGCGAUCAAACAAAAAAGACAACGUCACAGACAACUCAGGUGUAAAUAGAAGUGCCCGUUCUUCCAGGGAUAAUAUCUGCUAAUUAGAAUGUUAUAUAUUUGUCAAUUGUUAAAAGUAUUUCAUUGUUAUAUAAUUUCUUAUCUUUAU